GCACGAAUUUACCAGAGUACCGCCGCGAACCCAGGCGCUUCGCGUUUCGGUUCGGUGGUAGAUGAGCAUUCGCGAUUCAAAGUGCGCAAAACACUGUUGGUUCAGAGCUUUGACUUAUUGGAGUUGUGCAGUGACUUGGUGAUAAAGUGCAGUGAUCAUGAGGCCCCCCACGGACUAUGAUGGUGGUGACAGGAUGCCCGCUGAGGCGAAUGAGGUGGACCCUCAGGCUCCGGCGAGGCUGAUCUGCGCGCGGCUGGCGGGACACGCCGUCAUCAGGGUGGUUGGAAGAUGCGAGGACGCACAGGAGAACAGUCAACUCGACUUGUCCGAGUGUCAGCUAAUGCAAGUACCGGAUGCUGUGUACCACCUCAUGCGUCACACGGAGCUCAAGAGCUGUGAUCUCAGUGGCAACGUUAUUACUAAGAUACCUCCUAAGUUUGCAGUCAAAUUUAGUUUAAUUACAGAUCUAAACCUGUCAAAUAAUCAAAUGGCGCGGCUGCCGGACGAGCUGUGCACCUUAGCUUGCCUGCAACGGCUCGACAUAUCGCACAACACAUUCGUGGCGCUGCCCGGAAUCGCCUGCCAGUGUCCUAGUCUUCACACAUUGUUGGCUCACCACAACCAGAUUAUUGAGGUCGAUGUCGAUCGGUUAGCAAGGUCGCGAGCCCUCGAGUAUGUGGAUCUCAGUGACAACCCCAUCCCGCCUCGGAUGCACGACGAACUCAAGCAGCUGUCGCGGCCAUCCGUCACCGUCUCGGAAAGACAAAAGGAGGAUUGGGAAGAAGACCUUUUGUUAUAAGAUAAUGUGUUCUCCAUUGACUGAUGCAUUCUGGGCCUUACAUUGUGUACAAAUGAUUGAUCAAGUAAAACUAGAACAGACACAUAAAACUGUGCGCAUGCCAAUUCGUAUAUUGGUUACUUUUAAGAGUGAAUUGCGACUAAACGUAUAUUCAAAUGGCCACGUGGUCGAUUUGUGCGUACUUUUAUAAGACCCGCGUAUGCACCGAAUCAAGUCGUACGCCCCGCGCACGCCACGUGGCAUUAUGCCAAAUGCCAAAGUGCGUCGCAUGAACUUUGUAUGGGAUGUCAGUUUUAGUACAUGUAAUUAAAUUGUAGAAUCUGGAUAUCAGAUAUGGUGCUGAUGAUACUCACGUAAGGCCCUAAUUUAGCUGUGAUCUGUCUUUGUAAAAGAGGACAAUAACAUUAUGUAUAGUAAAAGUGAUCUUUGUAGAAAAUAUUAUACAUGAACAAAUUUAUAGUCUAUCUUCUAGGAUAAGAUAUCAAUUUAUUGAUAGUGCUUUACUUUGGAAGUAUUUCAAUGUACUUAAAUUGUACUAGCUAUAGAUAAAAGCUCACUUAAGAGAAAUAUGAUUUUAUAAGAUUUAUCUAAUUUUUGUGUAAGUAAUUUUAACAUUGAGUGCAAUAUACUAUCUUGACAGAAAACUGAAGCAUGUUUUUAAUAAUAAAUAUUAUUAAAAGAGAAAAAGUACAUACUUUAUACAUAUAAUUAACUGAUCAUGGUUUUAAUGUUAAAUACUAGUCCAUCAUGUAAUGAGAUAAAGUCAGAGGAACAAAAAGUACUUUAAUAUGGUUCAAUCAAAAUGGAUUUUAGUGUUGAUAUCUUUAGUUGUAUAAACCCUUAUUUGUAAGAAUAUUAAAAAAAGUU